AUCAGUGGAAGACACAGUGUUCCCUAAAAGCCGUCCAGUUCCCGGGGAGCAUCAGCAGCCGCGAUUCCUCUGCUCCGCACAGAAAAUACGCUUGACCUUUUCUUUGCCUUCUGGUGUUUUUUAUGGGUUUAGCAGCAAAAGGAUGUGAGUUUUCCAGCUGGUUAUGAAUCUUUUCGAAUUCCCUGACUUCUGUCUGACGCUGGGGCCACCACGAUGCUGCCGCUGUGCAAAGAAAACCAGCUCGAAUUACCUCAGCGAGAGCUUUUUCAUGGUGAAAGGUGCAGCCCUUUUCCUACAGCAAGGAAACAGUUCCCAGGGCCAGCGAAGCCUCCAGCAUCCCCACAAACAUGCAGGUGACUUGCCCCAGCACCUCCAGGUGAUGAUCAACCUCCUGCGCUGUGAGGACAGGAUCAAGCUGGCCGUGCGUUUGGAGAGCGUGUGGAGCGACCGCGUGCGCUACAUGGUGGUGGUGUACAGCAGCGGGCGGCAGGACACCGAGGAGAACAUCCUGCUGGGAGUGGACUUCUCCAGCAAGGAGAGUAAAAGCUGCACUAUAGGAAUGGUUCUUCGCCUGUGGAGUGAUACUAAAAUCCAUCUGGAUGGGGAUGGUGGCUUCAGCGUGAGCACUGCAGGGAGGAUGCACAUCUUCAAACCUGUGUCAGUGCAAGCCAUGUGGUCAGCUUUACAGAUCCUCCACAAAGCCUGUGAAGUUGCCAGGAGGUACAACUACUUCCCAGGGGGUGUGGCCUUGGUGUGGGCCACCUACUACGAGAGCUGCAUCAGCUCGGAGCAGAGCUGCAUCAACGAGUGGAACGCCAUGCAGGACCUGGAGUCCACCCGGCCCGACUCCCCUGCCCUCUUUGUUGACAAGCCGACGGAAAGGGAGCGAACCGAGCGCCUCAUUAAAGCCAAGCUCCGCAGCAUCAUGACCAGCAAAGACCUGGAAAAUGUCACUUCCAAGGAGAUCAGAAAUGAGCUGGAGAAACACAUGAACUGCAACUUGAAGGAAUUUAAGGAAUUUAUAGACAAUGAAAUGCUGCUGAUCCUGGGUCAGAUGGACAAACCAUCCCUGAUUUUUGAUCAUUUGUACCUGGGCUCUGAGUGGAAUGCUUCCAACCUGGAGGAGCUGCAGGGCUCGGGCAUUGAUUACAUCCUCAACGUCACCCGGGAAAUCGACAACUUCUUCCCAGGCCUGUUUGCCUAUCACAACAUCCGCGUGUACGACGAGGAGACCACGGACCUGCUGGCACACUGGAACGAGGCUUAUCACUUCAUCAACAAGGCCAAGAAGAACCACUCCAAGUGCCUGGUGCACUGCAAGAUGGGCGUGAGCCGCUCGGCCUCCACGGUGAUCGCCUACGCCAUGAAGGAGUUCGGCUGGUCCCUGGAGAAGGCCUACAACUACGUGAAGCAGAAGCGCAGCAUCACGCGGCCCAACGCCGGCUUCAUGCGGCAGCUGCUGGAGUACGAGGGCAUCCUGGAUGCCAGCAAGCAGCGCCACAAUAAACUGUGGAAGCAGCAGGCAGAGAGCAACCUGCCCCAGAACACCGACGGCACCACGGGGUCGGGAGAUUUCUUACUGGAGAGCUUGGACAUCGACCUGGAGAACCGGCUGGCUGACCUGGACAUGCCUUCCCAGGCAGCCUACCUGGACAACCGGGCUGCCUCCGACGGCUCCGUGGGCUUCCACUACUGCUUCCGCCGCCUCUCGGACACCCUGCUGGAGAACAAGAUCCCCGGGGACAGGGAGGGCUUCUUCCCCAUGGAGCAGCUGGAGCGGGAUGCCCUGGUGGGACAGCCUCCCUCUGCUCCAUCCCAGGGGAGGCUGCUGGACACGGGAAGGGCCCCGGAGAGAGCGGAGCCGCUGGGUGGCUUCUGUGAGAAAGAGGCAAAGAAGAAGCUGGACUUCAGCCCCAGGAAGGGAAGGAUGGUCCAUGGGGAGCCAGGGGAGGAUGGUGUCAGGGAGGAAAAUCCCAUGGAAAAGUGGAAGCGGCGUUUGUCCAUGCACAAGGAGGAGAGCAGGCUCAAUAGGGAGAACUUGAAUAACAACAACAGCAAAAGGAGCUGCCCAGAGGAUUUUGAGCACGAUGCCGUGUUUGGGAUCCUCAGCAAGGUGAAGCCUUCCUACCAGUCCUGCACAGACUGCAUGUACUCCUCAGCGGGGCUGGCCCCCGACUCCUUCGGGGAGCAGUGCGAGCGGCUCGGCGCCGCGCGGCGCAGCAGCACCAUCUGCACCCAGCCCCCCCUCCUGUCCCACCUGCACUCCCACCUGCUGGAGCACCUGCCCAGCAGGGCACCCCUCGAGGAGCCUGGCAGAACUAAACACAGCGAGGCUCCGCUCCCCCUGGCGCCGGGAGCCGGGGCUGUGGAGGCUGGCACGUGCAGGUCACUGGAUCAGCACUGCGGCCUUCUGGAGAGAGGGAAAGAUGCGCCAAAAACCCCCGAAAAAACUCUGCUGCCCAGGAGGAACUCCCACUGUGACAGGAGCCUCCUUCACACAGAGGUGGUGAGGGAAGAGUCUCUGGCCAGAAAGGACCCCAGACCCACCAAGGACCUGAAGUACCUGUUGUUCAGCAAAGACUUGGAGAAGCCGAGCGCCAACAGUUACUUGAUGCAGCACCAGGAGUCGCUGCUGCAGCUGCAGAAAGCAGGGUUGGUCAGGAAGCACACCAAGGAGCUGGAGCGCCUCAAGAGCCUGCCCUCGGACACCUCUGCGGGCAGGGUGGACUCCAGCAUCGUGGAGGAGAGCGAGGACUUGAUGGCCCAUCCCAGCCUCGUGCCUCUCCUGGCCCCGGCCCCGCUGCUGCCCGCAGACACCGAGAGCGAGGCGGAGAAGCUGGGGGUGAGGCGUGUCCUGGAGGGGAUGUCCCAGAAAACCUCCACUCCAGCUGGGUGCCGCCUGGAGCACACCAGCAGCUUCACCAAGGACUUCCUGAAGACCAUCUGCUACACCCCCUCCUCCUCCCGCAGCUCCAACCUGACCCGCAGCUCCAGCAGCGACAGCAUCCACAGCGUGCGCGGCAAGCCCGGCCUGGUGAAGCAGCGCACGCAGGAGAUCGAGACCAGGCUGCGCCUGGCCGGCCUCACCGUGUCCUCUCCCCUGAAAAGAUCCAAUUCCCUGGCCAAGCUGGGCUGUCUGAACCUGUCCUCUGAGGACCUGUCCAGUGAGGUGGACGUGUCCACCAUCACAGACUCCAAGGAGGCCGUGUCCAGCGAGUGCUCCGUGCUCGGGGAGCCCCCGCUGAGGAGCGCGGACGGAGCCUCCAAACCCGGGCUGAAACCUCUGCCUGGGAACUUGAAAAACACACUUUGGAUGGGCAAAAGUUGAUGCCUUGCAGGGGGGGAGGAGGGGCCUGGAUUUUGGGGGUUUGCAGCAUUUAUUCAUUGCAUCAGUGCUGUUUUAUCAGCUCAUCUGGUGCCACCUCCUUGUCCCCUCCUUGUGCUCCCAGAGAGGAGGGAAGAGCCACGAUGGGUCACGGUGAAGGGCACAAGGGAAAUAAAAUGUGUUGCAUGGCUUAGAGGAGGACUUGGUGUGUGACUUGCCUGUUGUCCUGCAGGAUGCUCUUCCUAAUACUGUUUGCCAAGUGUAAUAACGUGGAUUUGUGUGUGGUUAUGGAUAGAUAUUUAUAUCUCUAUCUAUAUCUGAAAUGCUGAAAUACUCUGUUUCAAAGACUCAAAAUAAUUAUUCAUUACUUUUUUUUUUUUACAGAGCAAACACAAGUCUCUAUUUAAACAGGAAACUUGUGGAAAAUCCUUAAAAUGGUGACACGCACACUACCUCUGUUCUCGCAGGCUUUUUGUCCUGGUUUGUUGUUUGGGGCUUUUAUCCAAAAGGCUUUUCCCAGAAUUCUUGCUGUUUGAAGGAAUUCCCUUAGCUGUAAAGGAGUGUGGACACAGAGGCUUCCCCAGGCUGUGGCUGGGGAGGUGACAGAGUGCUGUGACCCGAUGUCACCCUGGCUGUGUGGCUGUCACAGUGUUGUGGUUUUGGGGUGUUUUGCUGUCGUGGUCGGUGUUGUCCCAGUGCUGACAGAGCCUGGCCAGUGGUUGCCUGUGGACCCUCGUGAUGUGAAGCUGUGUUGGUGUUGUGGAUGCUCUGGGGACCCUCUGUCACUGGGCUGUGGGUGACAUGAGGGAGAGGUGGCUCUCCUGGAGUUACAGAGUCCUUUGUGGUUGUGCUGUUGGUUUUGUGGGACGGUCCCUGUGCCCAGGGAGCUGCUGGAGGACUCCUGGGUGUUGUUUAUGGUGGGUGUCAAGAGCCUGGGUGGCCCCAGAGCCCGGCCCAGCCCUCACAGGGCUGUGUGAGCAGCACAUGAAUCCUGCUGGGGGGAGCAGUCAGACAGAAAUGCUCUGAGGAAAGGCGGGCAGCCAGGGGCUGUCUGUGCCCUCAGCCCAGUGUUACCCCUCCUGCCAGGAUUGGUGCUUGGAUCACAGCACCAUUAUGUAGGAAAUGCAUGUUUGCUGUGAAUAUUUUUGGCAACCAGCCUGGUCAAGAGCUGCUCCGUGUGAGCCUUUGCUGAGUCUGGAGGGAAGAGCUUGGGAAGUGAGCAGGGGAUGUGCUCCAGACCUCAGUGCCCCCCAGUCCCAUCUGAGGCCUUGUGCCUUUGGGUGAUGUUUUGAAGUAGAUUUGGGGGGUCAUGCCAGUGGAUUUGCUCACCCUGGCUAUGAGUGUGAAUAUUCCCUCAUUUUAAAAUCUCCAUGGAAAGGCUUUCUUGCAACUCCUCUCUUUGAGGUGGGGCAGAGCCAGGCUGCAGCAGCUGCUCUGAACUAUAUUGUUUGAAAAUCCAGUGUCUCAAGGAAAGGAGCUGUGCAUUUUCCUGCCCUAAAUGCCUGGAGUUCCCUUUUUCCCCUUAAGCAUAAGAUCCUGCAUGUUUCAUUUGUGUGAGGAAUUGUAGGGAUGGGCAAUCAGUGAAUAACUGUCCCUCCUGAAAGAGUCUGAAUUUCAUUUGCACUUGUUCCACGCAGGAGAGCUGGUGUGGAGCAAAAGCUGCUCUGGGAGGGAAGUUUUGCAGGAGCCUCUUGGCUGGGUCGUGCUCAGGGUAGGAUGAAACCCCAUGGCUGUGUUUGAUCAUCUUUAUCCUCGUUUGCAGCCAGAUUCGGAUUUGGGAAGGGGCAAACGGGCUGCUGGGUACCUGGGAAAUCUCCGUGUGCCCUGCCCGGGGCCCCGGGGUCACCCACAGUUAUUGCUCUCUGCGUGCUGCCGACCCUUCCCAUCACUGCCCGGCUGAGGGGAGAGGUGCUGGGAUCGGUUCUGAAUGAAUUUCGAAAAUUCUGUGAACCGAUACGAGCGAACAUCUGAUUUACUUCCUGUUUCUCGAGUGCCUGCCGAGUUGUGCCGCGUCCAGCCCGCCGCGUUGCGGGGCUCAGCUCAGCUCAGCUCGGCACCGCCGCCUUUCCUUCCCCGGCUGCCGCUCCCGCCGGGCCGCGGCUGGAUCAGCCCCAGGCUCGCUCCGGGCUCGGGGCUCCGUCCCGGCUGGGUGGGAUCUGCCCGGGAGCUCCGCUGUGCCAUUCCCGGGGGUUGUAGCCGAACCUCCCCCCGUCCCGUCGGGUUUGUUGCAUGACAAGGUUGAUGUGCUCGUCCUCCCCACGUGUCGUACGUGUCCUUACGAUGGAGUGCCUUACUCAUAGUUUACAAACACUGUGUAUCUGCUGAGCUGUUGGACUCUGCUGUUUGCUGUUCUCUGGGGAGUUUUUGGUGCUUUUGGUGUUUCCGAUGGCGGUGAGGCCGUCCCUCCUCCUGUCCUGCCCUCCUGUCCCCGCCCGGCUCGGCGCUGCUCAGCCGCUGCCGCUUCCCUCUGCUCUGGGCAUGGCAGAACCCGGGGCUCCGUGACAGCCGCGGUGGCUGCUCCCGGUGCCCCCGUUUAUCCCAUUUUUCCCGUUUAUCCCAUUUUUCCCGUUUAUCCCGUGUAUCUAUGCACCGCUGCCGGAACGCGGGCGGGAUGUGCAGGGACACAUCCCAUCACCGACCACGCUUUGCUCGGCAGAUCCAAACCCUGUCCCGUCCUGCCAGAAAUCCUGAAACGCUCAGAGCGGCUCCUUGUUCCCGCCCGGGUGGCAGCAGUGCCCCACCUCUGCCCGGGGUCCUUCCCGGGAGUGUCACCGGCUCCCGAGCGGUGGGGACAUCCCGGUCAGUCCCUGAGGAGGGGGGUGAGUGAUGUGUAGCUGUUCCUGUGCAUUGCUGUACUCCAUAACAACGUUCCUUUAUUCCGUGGUAUUUCUUAUCCCAGUUUUAUAUGGAAAUCUGCAGGAUUUUUGUACUGUAUGCCCGCGGGAGGGAUGCAUCAUGCACUUUUUUUUUUUUUUUUUUACUUUUGUUUGUAAAAAUGUCCUGGAUAUUUUAUGUGCUUCUUGUGAGGAAAAAAAUAAACUUUUUUUUUCUUUUAC